GCCGGCUGUGCUCCGCGGUCGCGACGACGACUCGGCGAGUCGAUAGGACGGCAGUCGAGAAGAAGGAGCUGAUCGUCGUGAAAGAGCAACGCGCCAAGUGUAAACGGCGACAAGUGUACGCGCGCGAGCGCGCCGACGAGGGAAUACUCGCGCAGCAAAUUGUCGCGGCAAAGUCUGAGAUCCGGUACAUCUAAACAUGGAGUUGACACGAUUACCUUCGACACUGGCUUUGGCUUUGGCCCUGGCCUUCCUCUCGACGGCACACCGUUGCGACGCCACCUCAGAAAGUAUAAUCGUUGUGUCGAGUGAUACUUCCGCGAUAUACGAAUACGUGAACAAGACUCAACGAGAGCUGCGCGCGAAUAUUGCCGACGAAGCGAUCGAAUUCCCGAUUCCAGCUGCUUCGCUAUCUCGCAGUGCACUCGCGCGCGAGUCCGUCAUGCUCCAUUUACGCCUUUUAAAUGCUCUAUUCUUAGCCUAUCUCUAUUAUCUGCCGUUCUAUUUGCACCAGAAUCGAGUCGAAUCUCACGGCUCGUACGAGUCAUCGCGAGUGGAGCAGGUCACCGUCUUCGCCUCGCAUUCUCGUAGCCGGGAGACCUGCGACAUCGAGGGAGAAGAUAUCACCGUCGAUAAGAUCCUGAACACGAGCUGCUUCCGCUGCAUUUGCAAGAAUGGAUUCGUGGAGUGUUUGAAACAACAGUGUCCAAACAUCGAAGGCUGCUACGCGUUGCUGGACCCUCGCGACAACGAGUGCUGCCACAAAUGCACAGGGUGCAUGCAGAACGGCGUUUAUCAUGCAUCGGACACGGAGUGGACGGAAGAAAACGAUCCCUGUCAAAUAUUCACCUGUAAAGCGGGCGUCAUCACUGAAUCGAGACUACGGUGUUACACGCCCUGUUCUCAUCCGAAAGCCGCCCCAUCUGGCCAGUGUUGUCCUAUAUGCGAAGGUUGUUUAGUGAAUGGACAGAAAGUGACGGAGGAUAGGUCGGUGACGACGACGGAAGACCCCUGCGUAACCUGCAAAUGCAACAAGGGGCAUCUCACCUGCGCGAAGCAAGCCUGUCCGACGCUUAAUUGUCCUCUAACGAGGAUCGUCAAUGAACCCGGGGAAUGCUGUCCACAUUGUCGAGGCAGUGCAAGAUUUUUCUCACCUCCGAAAGGCGCGUGCAUGCUAGGCACGGGUUUGUAUACCUCGGGUAGUGAAUUUUACGCGGAUCAUUGUACGCGCUGCACCUGCGUCAAUUCGGCGAUCUCGUGCAUGAGGGAGACCUGUCCGGUGCUGGAAUGUCCCAGGGAACAUCAGGUGACCCAACUCAACCGCUGUUGCCGGCAAUGCUCGCUCGUCGAGGAGAGCAGAGCUUCUUGCUCUUAUGGUGGAAGAACUUAUGUGGCGAGUAUCACGCUUUUAUUCGUCGUCAUGCAAUCUUAUCCAUCGCAGGAUGGCGAAAAUUGGAAGCUGGAUUCCUGCAAGACAUGCACCUGUAAACAGGGCAAAGUGCGCUGCGCAAUGCCUCAGUGUCCACCGAUGAACUUCCGUUGCCCGCCAAAUUCCAAAUUGGAACAUCCGGAAGGCCAAUGCUGUCCGCGAUGUGUCGAACGUGACGGAGUUUGUACAGUUUUUGGAGACCCGCACUAUCGCACAUUUGACGGUAAAUUCUACAGUUUUAAGGGAGCAUGCAAGUAUCAGUUGGUUACCGAUUGUUUCUCUCACACAUUCAGCAUACGGGUAACCAAUGAUGCUAGAAAGACGAAAUUUUCAGCGUGGACCAAAACUAUUGCUAUAAAGAUCGGUGAUCUGAAAGUAAAUCUUGGUCAGAAAAUGAGAGUGAAAGUAAACGGGAAGAAGGUGGAUGUUCCUUAUCGCGUUGCUAACCAACUGGACCUCAAUCGUACAGACGACAGUGUAAUUGUCAAUACGCGAAUCGGGGUCAAGGUUCAUUGGGAUGGUAUCAGCUUUCUCGAAGUGUCUGUGCCUUCGUCAUAUAGGAGUAAACUAUGUGGUCUUUGUGGUAACUUCAAUUCUCAAAUCAAAGACGACUUUACUGUGCGACAUGGACGAGUGGUGCAGGAUCCGCAGCAGUUUGGUCAAUCCUGGGUUGUGGGUGGUGCCAAGAAGACGUGUCCUCGAACAAAAUUCGGAAAUAAUACCAGGCAGAGACCUACCAGCUUACGUCUCCUCUUCGACAUUCUUCGCGAUGUUAUCUUUCUAUUCCCAAGAGCUCCUUCUGUCUGCGAGAGCGUGCAGACCGGACGCGGCGGAGUGCUCGGCGAGAAUCUACUAGUCACCACUUCGUAUCAAUAUGCAUUAACGUCAGACUCUGACUCGAGUGCCUCUAGUAGCGACUGUUCGUCGACGCGGAGCGGUGGCGAUUUCGCGCUCAUUCGUACGGAAAUCUCACGUGGGUCACAGCAGCACAAGUACGCAGCCAUGACGUCCGGAACAUGGAUCUCACAUGUGUGUAUGUGUGCGUCACGAUUUCACGCGAAAUCCCGUAGAUCCGAGAGGAAGCAUUACGAGUCAAAACUAGAGUCGUGCAAAUAUCGGAAAAUGGAUGAUCUUGUGUCGCACGGAGUGAAGCACAAAAAGUAAACUCAUAUUUAGCUCUAAC